UGCUCUUUAUUUGCAGAAUGGUUUUUAAUGGUAAUGGCUUAGACGUUGAUGAAUAUGUGCGGAGGGCAUACAAAUUUGCGUAUUCAGACUGUAUUGAAGUGGGUCCAGUUGCUUGUUUACAAGAACCCCCUGAACCUAAUGAGUUAUAUCCUCGACAAACGAGAAGGUUUGCAGGGCUUUGCAUCUUGGGCUUCUGUACCUUGGCUCAGUUUUAGUACUACUUGCAUAUUCUAUCUUGUAUGGCCUGACUGUGAAGGAAUCACACUGGCUUGCGACUAUAACAUCAACUGCCAUUAUUAUACUUGACUGGAAUAUAGGGGCAUGGGAAUGGCUUGUUAUGUUGGCCCUCUCCCACAUGGUGCAUUUCUUUUGCUUUAUGGCGUUGCAUUAGCUAUUGAAGGAUGGGGUGUAGUUGCAAGUUUGAAAAUCUAUCCCCCUUUUGCUGGAGCUGCUGUUUCAGCAAUUACCCUUGUCGUAGCUUUUGGAUCCGCUUUCUCUCGCCCUUGUUUGACUCUCGAGACCAGAAACGCUUUAUCUGGAACUUACUCUGCUCCCCAGAGGUCUGCCAGCUCAGCUGCUCUUUUGGUUGGGGAUCCUGCUGUAAUUCGAGAUAAAGGAGGCAAUUUUGUACUUCCUAGGGCUGAUGUCAUGAAAUUAAGAGAUCGUUUGAGAAAUGAAGAAUUGGCUGCUGGAUCUCUUAUGUCUAGGUUGAGAAAUAAGACCCUGCGGCACGGAGCUAUAACUGAUAUAGGUCACAAAAGAGAAAUGUGUGCUCAUGCCAGAAUACUAGCUCUGGAAGAAGCAAUUGACACUGAAUGGGUUUACAUGUGGGAUAAGUCUGGUGGUUAUUUACUUCUUUUACUUUGUUUGACGGCUAAAGAUGAACGUGUACAGAUAUAAAUGCUUAAACAUUCUAUCACACAGCACAUGAAGUCUUUUUCAUGCUAACCUCCUUCUUUUACAGGAUUAGGUUCGUUUAAGACUCUUCCUCAACAUUAUAGGAUUGCCUGAUCUCAGUGCUAAGGAUAUCAAAAAGUGGCUACCAUAGGAACAUAGGCG